AUGACUUCUCAGUCAAAAUUCACGCUGAGGAUCGUUAACGCACCGCUACCGGCGAAGCUAAAAAUGCCUCCGACAUUGAAAUUUUAUGAUGGUACGACCGAUCCGGACGAUCAUAUGUUCGCCUUCGCUAGAGCAACUAAAGUCGAACAAUGGCCCAUGCCAGCAUGGUGUCAUAUGUUCGCUCAGACUCUCACCGGAUCAGCACGGGUCUGGUUUGAUGGACUACCAGAAGGAUCGAUCGAUCAUUUCGAAGAUUUCCGACGAAUGUUCCUGCAAAACUUUUGCCAACAACGACGUUGCUCGAAAGACAUCACGGAAGUACACCAUAUAAAGCGUCGUUAUGGGGAGACGGUAGAAGACUUCAUCGAUCGAUUCAAUCUAGAAAGUAUGCAAAUCAGUGGAGCAGUGGACCAACUCCGCUUUUCGGGAUUCUGUCACGGAGUACGAAACAAUCAGCUCAUAGAAAAACUCCAUGAAGAUCUCCCAAAAACCAUGGAAGUGCUUAUGGAACGAGCCCGAGCCUUUGUCCGAGGAAAAAGCGCUUGUGGACAGCCGAACGAAACAGCAGCAAAAAACGCAAAGGCUCGAAUCGCAUCAUAG